CGGCUGGGUCAGGCGUUCCGGCGACGCGUGCGGCGGCUGCGGGAGCUCAGCGAGCGCCUGGAGCUCGUCUUCCUGGUGGAUGAUUCGUCCAGCGUGGGCGAAGUCAACUUCCGCAGCGAGCUCAUGUUCGUCCGCAAGUUGCUAUCCGACUUCCCCGUGGUGCCCACGGCCACGCGCGUGGCCAUCGUGACCUUCUCGUCCAAGAACUACGUGGUGCCGCGCGUCGAUUACAUCUCCACCCGCCGCGCGCGCCAGCACAAGUGCGCGCUGCUCCUCCAAGAGAUCCCUGCCAUCUCCUACCGGGGUGGCGGCACCUACACCAAGGGCGCCUUCCAGCAAGCCGCGCAAAUUCUUCUUCAUGCUAGAGAAAACUCAACAAAAGUUGUAUUUCUCAUUACUGAUGGAUAUUCCAAUGGGGGAGACCCUAGACCAAUUGCGGCAUCACUGCGAGAUUCAGGAGUGGAGAUCUUCACUUUUGGCAUAUGGCAAGGGAACAUUCGAGAGCUGAAUGACAUGGCUUCCGCCCCAAAGGAGGAGCACUGUUACCUGCUACACAGUUUUGAAGAAUUUGAGGCUUUAGCUCGCCGAGCAUUGCAUGAAGAUUUACCUUCUGGGAGUUUUAUUCAAGAUGACAUGGUCCACUGCUCCUAUCUUUGUGACGAAGGCAAGGACUGCUGUGACCGAAUGGCAAGCUGCAAGUGUGGGACACACACAGGCCAUUUUGAGUGCAUCUGUGAAAAGGGGUAUUACGGGAAAGGUCUGCAGUAUGAAUGCACAGCUUGCCCCUCAGGGACAUACAAACCGGAAGGUUCACCAGGAGGAAUCAGCAGUUGCAUUCCAUGUCCUGAUGAAAAUCACACCUCUCCACCUGGAAGCACGUCCCCUGAAGACUGUGUCUGCAAAGAGGGAUAUAGGGCAUCUGGCCAGACCUGUGAACUUGUCCACUGCCCUGCCCUGAAGCCUCCUGAAAAUGGUUACUUUAUCCAAAACACUUGCAACAACCACUUCAAUGCAGCCUGUGGGGUCCGAUGUCACCCUGGAUUUGACCUUGUGGGAAGCAGCAUCAUCUUGUGUCUACCCAAUGGUUUGUGGUCCGGUUCAGAGAGCUACUGCAGAGUAAGAACAUGUCCUCAUCUCCGCCAGCCCAAACAUGGCCACAUGAGCUGUUCUACAAGGGAAAUGUUAUAUAAGACAACAUGUUUCAUUGCCUGUGAUGAAGGGUACAGACUAGAAGGCAAUGAUAAGCUUACUUGUCAAGGAAACAGCCAUUGGGAUGGGCCAGAACCCCGGUGUGUGGAGCGCCACUGCUCCACCUUUCAGACGCCCAAAGAUGUCAUCAUAUCCCCCCACAACUGUGGCAAGCAGCCAGCCAAAUUUGGGACAAUCUGCUAUGUAAGUUGCCGCCAAGGGUUCAUUUUAUCUGGAAUCAAAGAAAUGCUGAGAUGUACCACUUCUGGAAAAUGGAAUGUCGGAGUUCAGACAGCUGUGUGUAAAGAUGUGGAGGCUCCCCAAAUCACCUGUCCUAAGGACAUAGAGGCUAAGACUCUGGAACAACAAGAUUCUGCCAAUGUUACCUGGCAGAUUCCAACAGCUAAAGACAACUCUGGUGAAAAGGUGUCAAUCCACGUUCAUCCAGCUUUCACCCCACCUUACCUUUUCCCAAUUGGAGAUGUUGCUAUCGUAUACACAGCAACUGACCUAUCCGGCAACCAAGCCAGCUGCGUUUUCCAUAUCAAGGUUAUUGAUGUAGAACCACCUGUCAUAGACUGGUGCAGAUCUCCACCUCCCAUCCAGGUCUCAGAGAAGGUGUAUGCUGCAAGCUGGGAUGAGCCUCAAUUCUCAGACAACUCAGGGGCUGAAUUGGUCAUUACCAGAAGUCAUACACAAGGAGACCUUUUCCCUCAAGGGGAGACUAUAGUACAGUACACAGCUACUGACCCCUCAGGCAAUAACAGGACAUGUGAUAUCCAUAUUGUCAUAAAAGGUUCUCCCUGUGAAAUUCCAUUCACACCUAUAAAUGGGGAUUUUAUAUGUGCUCAAGAUAGUACUGGAGUCAACUGUACGUUAACUUGCUUGGAGGGCUAUGAUUUUACAGAAGGGUCUACUGACAAGUAUUAUUGUGCUUAUGAAGAUGGUGUCUGGAAACCAACAUAUACCACUGAAUGGCCAGACUGUGCCAAAAAACGUUUUGCAAACCACGGGUUCAAGUCCUUUGAGAUGUUCUACAAAGCAGCACGUUGUGAUGACACAGAUCUGAUGAAGAAGUUUUCUGAAGCAUUUGAGACUACCUUGGGAAAAAUGGUCCCAUCAUUUUGUAGUGAUGCAGAGGACAUUGAUUGCAGACUGGAGGAGAACCUGACCAAAAAAUAUUGCCUAGAAUAUAAUUAUGACUAUGAAAAUGGCUUUGCAAUUGGACCAGGUGGCUGGGGUGCAGCUAAUAGGCUGGAUUACUCUUACGAUGACUUCUUGGACACUAUGCAAGAAACACCAACAAGCAUUGGCAAUGCCAGGUCUUCACGGAUUAAAAGAAGUGCCCCAUUAUCUGACUAUAAAAUUAAGUUAAUUUUUAACAUCACAGCUAGUGUGCCAUUACCCGAUGAAAGAAAUGAUACCCUUGAAUGGGAAAAUCAGCAACGACUCCUUCAGACAUUGGAAACUAUCACAAAUAAACUGAAAAGGACUCUCAGUAAAGACCCCAUGUAUUCCUUUCAGCUUGCAUCAGAAAUACUUAUAGCUGACAGCAAUUCAUUAGAAACAAAAAAGGCUUCCCCCUUCUGCAGACCAGGCUCAGUGCUGAGAGGGCGUAUGUGUGUUAAUUGCCCUUUGGGAACCUAUUAUUCUCUGGAACAUUUCACCUGUGAAAGCUGCCGGAUCGGAUCCUAUCAAGAUGAAGAAGGGCAACUAGAGUGCAAGCCUUGCCCCUCUGGGAUGUACACAGAAUAUAUCCAUUCAAGAAACAUCUCUGAUUGUAAAGCUCAGUGUAAACAAGGCACCUACUCAUACAGCGGACUUGAGACUUGUGAAUCGUGUCCACUGGGCACUUACCAGCCAAAAUUUGGUUCCCGGAGCUGCCUCUCAUGUCCAGAAAACACCUCAACCGUGAAAAGAGGAGCCGUGAACAUUUCUUCAUGUGGAGUUCCUUGUCCAGAAGGAAAAUUCUCACGUUCUGGGUUAAUGCCCUGUCAUCCAUGUCCUCGCGACUAUUACCAACCUGAUGCAGGGAAGGCCUUCUGCCUGGCCUGUCCCUUUUAUGGAACUACCCCGUUUGCUGGUUCCAGAUCCAUCACAGAAUGUUCAAGUUUCAGUUCAACUUUCUCAGCAGCAGAGGAAAGUGUGGUUCCCCCUGCCUCUCUUGGACAUAUUAAAAAGAGACAUGAAAUCAGCAGUCAGGUUUUCCAUGAAUGCUUCUUAAACCCUUGCCACAAUAGUGGAACCUGCCAACAACUUGGGCGUGGUUAUGUUUGUCUCUGUCCACUUGGAUAUACAGGCUUAAAGUGUGAAACAGACAUCGAUGAGUGCAGCCCACUGCCUUGCCUCAACAAUGGAGUUUGUAAAGACCUAGUUGGGGAAUUCAUUUGUGAGUGCCCAUCAGGUUACACAGGUCUGCGGUGUGAAGAAAAUAUAAAUGAGUGUAGCUCCAGUCCUUGUUUAAAUAAAGGAAUCUGUGUUGAUGGUGUGGCUGGCUAUCGUUGCACAUGUGUGAAAGGAUAUGUAGGCCUGCAUUGUGAAACAGAAGUCAAUGAAUGCCAGUCAAACCCAUGCUUAAAUAAUGCAGUCUGUGAAGACCAGGUUGGGGGAUUCUUGUGCAAAUGCCCACCUGGAUUUUUGGGUACCCGAUGUGGAAAGAACGUGGAUGAGUGUCUCAGUCGGCCAUGCAAAAAUGGAGCUACCUGUAAAGACGGUGCCAAUAGCUUCAGAUGCCUAUGUGCAGCCGGCUUCACAGGUUCACACUGUGAAUUGAACAUCAAUGAAUGUCAGUCUAACCCAUGUAGAAAUCAGGCCACCUGUGUGGAUGAAUUAAAUUCAUACAGUUGUAAAUGUCAACCAGGAUUUUCAGGCAACAGGUGUGAAACAGAACAGUCUACAGGCUUUAACCUGGAUUUUGAAGUUUCUGGCAUCUAUGGAUACGUCAUGCUAGAUGGUGUGCUCCCAUCUCUCCAUGCUCUAACCUGUACCUUCUGGAUGAAAUCCUCUGAUGACAUGAACUAUGGAACACCAAUCUCCUAUGCAGUUGAUAAUGGCAGCGACAAUACUUUGCUCCUGACUGAUUAUAAUGGCUGGGUUCUUUAUGUGAAUGGCAAGGAAAAGAUAACAAAUUGUCCCUCAGUGAAUGAUGGCAGAUGGCAUCAUAUUGCAAUCACUUGGACAAGUGCCAAUGGCGUCUGGAAAGUCUACAUCGAUGGGAAAUUAUCUGACGGUGGUACUGGCCUCUCUGUUGGUUUGCCCAUACCUGGUGGUGGUGCAUUAGUUCUGGGGCAAGAGCAAGACAAAAAAGGAGAGGGAUUCAGCCCAGCUGAGUCUUUUGUGGGCUCCAUAAGCCAACUCAACCUCUGGGACUAUGUCCUGUCUCCACAGCAGGUGAAGUCACUGGCUACCUCCUGCCCAGAGGAACUCAGUAGAGGAAACGUGUUAGCAUGGCCCGAUUUCUUGUCGGGAAUUAUGGGGAAAGUGAAGAUCGAUUCAAAGAGCAUAUUUUGUUCUGAUUGCCCACGCUUAGGAGGGUCAGUGCCUCAUCUGAGAACUGCAUCAGAAGAUUUAAAGCCAGGUUCCAAAAUCAGUCUGUUCUGUGAUCCAGGCUUCCAGCUGGUCGGGAACCCUGUGCAGUACUGUCUGAAUCAAGGACAGUGGACACAACCACUUCCUCACUGUGAACGCAUUAGCUGUGGGGUGCCACCUCCUUUGGAGAAUGGCUUCCAUUCAGCUGAUGACUUUUAUGCUGGCAGCACAGUAACCUACCAGUGCAACAAUGGCUACUAUCUAUUGGGUGAUUCAAGGAUGUUCUGUACAGAUAAUGGGAGCUGGAACGGCGUUUCACCAUCCUGCCUUGAUGUCGAUGAGUGUGCAGUUGGAUCAGAUUGUAGUGAGCAUGCUUCUUGCCUGAAUAUAGAUGGAUCCUACGUAUGUUCAUGUAUUCCACCGUACACAGGAGAUGGGAAAAACUGUGCAGAACCUAUAAAAUGUAAGGCUCCAGGAAAUCCAGAAAAUGGCUACUCCUCAGGUGACAUUUAUACAGUAGGUGCCGAAGUCACAUUUUCGUGUCAGGAAGGAUACCAGUUGAUGGGAGUAACCAAAAUCACAUGUUUGGAGUCUGGAGAAUGGAAUCAUCUAAUACCAUAUUGUAAAGCUGUUUCCUGUGGUAAACCGGCUAUUCCGGAAAAUGGUUGCAUUGAGGAGUUAGCAUUUACCUUUGGCAGCAAAGUGACAUAUAGGUGUAAUAAAGGAUAUACUCUGGCUGGUGAUAAGGAAUCAUCCUGUCUUGCUAACGGUUCUUGGAGUCAUUCCUCUCCUGUGUGUGAACCAGUGAAGUGUUCUAGUCCAGAAAACAUAAAUAAUGGAAAAUAUGUUUUGAGUGGGCUCACCUACCUUUCUACUGCAUCAUAUUCAUGCGAUACAGGAUACAGAUGGGGGUUUCACCAUGUUGCCCAGACUAGUCUUGAACUCUUGAGCUCAAGCAGUCCACCUGCCUCAGCCUCCCAAAGUGCUUACAGCUUACAGGGCCCUUCCAUUAUUGAAUGCAUGGCUUCUGGCAUCUGGGACAGAGCGCCACCUGCCUGUCACCUCGUCUUCUGUGGAGAGCCGCCUGCCAUCAAAGAUGCUGUCAUUACGGGGAGUAACUUCACUUUCAAGAACACCGUCACUUACACUUGCAAAGAAGGCUAUACUCUUGCUGGUCCUGACACCAUUGAAUGCCUGGCCAACGGCAAGUGGAGUAGAAGUGACCAGCAGUGCCUAGCUGUCUCCUGUGAUGAGCCACCCAACGUGGACCAUGCCUCUCCAGAGACUGCCCAUCGGCUCUUUGGAGACAUUGCAUUCUACUACUGCUCUGAUGGUUACAGCCUAGCAGACAAUUCCCAGCUUCUCUGCAAUGCCCAGGGCAAGUGGGUGCCGCCAGAGGGUCAAGACAUGCCCCGUUGUAUAGCUCAUUUCUGUGAAAAACCUCCAUCAGUUUCCUAUAGCAUCUUGGAAUCUGUGAGCAAAGCAAAAUUUGCAGCUGGCUCAGUUGUGAGCUUUAAAUGCUUGGAAGGCUUUGUACUGAACACCUCAGCAAAGAUUGAAUGUAUGAGAGGUGGGCAGUGGAACCCUUCCCCCAUGUCCAUCCAGUGCAUCCCUGUGCGGUGUGGAGAGCCACCAGGCAUCAUGAAUGGCUAUGCAAGUGGAUCAAACUACAGUUUUGGAGCCAUGGUGGCUUAUAGCUGCAACAAGGGGUUCUACAUCAAAGGGGAAAAGAAGAGCACCUGUGAAGCCACAGGGCAGUGGAGUAGUCCUAUACCGACAUGCCACCCGGUAUCUUGCGGUGAACCACCUAAGAUUGAGAAUGGCUUUCUGGAGAAUACAACUGGCAGGAUCUUUGAGAGUGAAGUGAGGUAUCAGUGUAACCUGGGCUAUAAGUCAAUUGGAAGUCCUGUAUUUGUCUGCCAAGCCAAUCGCCACUGGCACAGCGAAUCCCCUCUGAUGUGCAUUCCUCUCGACUGUGGAAAACCUCCCCCCAUCCAGAAUGGCUUCAUGAAAGGAGAAAUUUUUGAAGUAGGGUCCAAGGUUCAGUUUUUCUGUAAUGAGGGUUAUGAGCUUGUUGGGGACAGUUCUUGGACAUGUCAGAAAUCUGGCAAAUGGGAUAAGAAGCUAAACCCAAAGUGUGUGCCUGCCAAGUGCCCAGAGCCACCCCUCUUGGAAAACCAGCUAGUAUUGAAGGAGUUGACCACUGAGGUAGGAGUCGUGACAUUUUCCUGUAAAGAAGGGCAUGUCCUGCAAGGUCCCUCUGUCCUGAAAUGCUUGCCAUCCCAGCAAUGGAAUGACUCUUUCCCUGUUUGUAAGAUGGUUCUUUGCACCCCACCUCCCCUAAUUUCCUUUGGUGUCCCUGUUCCUUCGUCUGCUCUUCAUUUUGGAAGUACUGUCAAGUAUUCUUGUGUAGGUGGGUUUUUCCUAAGAGGAAAUUCUACCACCUUCUGCCAACCUGAUGGCACCUGGAGCUCUCCACUGCCAGAAUGUGUUCCAGUAGAAUGUCCCCAACCUGAGGAAAUCGCCAAUGGAAUCAUUGAUGUGCAAGGCCUUGCCUAUCUCAGCACAGCUCUCUAUACCUGCAAGCCAGGCUUUGAAUUGGUGGGAAAUACCACCACCCUUUGUGGAGAAAAUGGUCACUGGCUUGGAGGAAAACCAACAUGUAAACCCAUUGAAUGCCUGAAACCCAAGGAGAUUUUGAAUGGCAAAUUCUCUUACACAAACCUACACUAUGGACAGACCGUUACUUACUCUUGCAACCGAGGCUUUCAGCUCGAAGGUCCCAGUGCCUUGACCUGUUUAGAGACAGGUGAUUGGGAUGUAGAUGCCCCAUCUUGCAAUGCCAUCCACUGUGAUUCCCCACAACCCAUUGAAAAUGGUUUUGUAGAAGGUGCAGAUUACAGCUAUGGUGCCAUGAUCAUCUACAGUUGCUUCCCUGGGUUUCAGGUGGCGGGUCAUGCCAUGCAGACCUGUGAAGAGUCAGGAUGGUCAAGUUCCACCCCAACAUGUGUGCCCAUAGACUGUGGCCUCCCUCCUCAUAUAGAUUUUGGAGACUGUACUAAAGUCAAAGAUGACCAGGGAUAUUUUGAGCAAGAAGACGACAUGAUGGAAGUUCCAUACCUGACUCCUCAACCUCCUUAUCAAUUGGGAGCAGUGGCUAAAACCUGGGAAAAUACAAAGGAGUCUCCUGCUACACAUUCAUCAAACUUUCUGUAUGGCACCAUGGUUUCAUACACCUGUAAUCCAGGAUAUGAACUUCUGGGGAACCCCGUGCUGAUCUGCCAGGAAGAUGGAACUUGGAAUGGCAGUGCACCUUCCUGCAUUUCAAUUGACUGUGACUUGCCUAUUGCUCCUGAAAAUGGCUUUUUGCGUUUUACAGAGAGUAGCAUGGGAAGUGCUGUGCAGUAUAGCUGUAAACCUGGACACAUUCUAGUGGGCUCCGACUUAAGGCUUUGUCUACAGAACAGAGAGUGGAGUGGUGCUUCCCCACGCUGUGAAGCCAUUUCAUGCAAAAAGCCAAAUCCAAUCAUGAAUGGAUCCAUCAAAGGAAGCAAUUAUACAUACCUGAGCAUGUUGUAUUAUGAGUGUGACCCCGGCUAUGUGCUGAAUGGCACCGAGAGGAGAAUAUGCCAGGAUGACAAAAACUGGGAUGAAGAUGAGCCCAUUUGCAUUCCCGUGGACUGUGGUUCACCCCCAGUCUUAGCCAAUGGCCAGGUAAGAGGAGACGAGUACACAUUCCAAAAAGAGAUUGAAUACACUUGCAAUGAAGGGUUCUUGCUUGAGGGAGCCAGGAGUCAGGUUUGUCUUGCCAAUGGAAGUUGGAGUGGAGCCACUCCUGACUGUGUACCUGUCAGAUGUGCCACCCCACCACAACUGGCCAAUGGGGUGAUGGAAGGCCUGGACUAUGGCUUCAUGAAGGAAGUGGCAUUCCACUGUCAUGAGGGCUACAUGUUGCACGGUGCUUCAAAACUCACCUGUCAGUCAGAUGGCAACUGGGAUGCAGAGGUUCCUCUCUGUAAACCAGUCAACUGUGGACCUCCUGAAGAUCUUGCCCAUGGCUUCCCAAAUGGUUUUUCCUUUAUUCAUGGGGGCCAUAUACAGUAUCAGUGCUUUCCUGGUUAUAAGCUUCAUGGAAAUUCGUCAAGAAGGUGCCUUUCCAAUGGCUCCUGGAGUGGCAGCUCACCUUCCUGCCUGCCUUGCAGGUGUUCCACACCAGUAAUUGAAUAUGGAACUGUCAAUGGCACAGAUUUUGACUGUGGAAAGGCAGCCAGGAUUCAGUGCUUCAAAGGCUUCAAGCUCCUAGGACUUUCUGAAAUUACCUGUGAAGCCAAUGGCCAGUGGAGCUCUGGGUUCCCCCACUGUGAACACACUUCUUGUGGUUCUCUUCCACUGAUACCAAAUGCGUUCAUCAGUGAGAGCAGCUCUUGGAAGGAAAAUGUGAUAACUUACAGCUGCAGGUCUGGAUAUGUCAUACAAGGCAGUUCAGAUCUGAUUUGCACAGAGAAAGGGGUAUGGAGCCAGCCUUAUCCAGUCUGUGAGCCCUUGUCCUGUGGGCCCCCACCGUCUGUCGCCAACGCAGUAGCAACUGGAGAGGCACACACCUAUGAAAGUAAAGUGAAACUCAGGUGUCUGGAAGGUUAUACGAUGGAUACAGACAUAGAUACAUUCACCUGUCAGAAAGAUGGUCGCUGGUUCCCUGACAGAAUCUCCUGCAGUCCUAAAAAAUGUCCUCUGCCGGAAAACAUCACACAUAUACUUGUUCAUGGGGACGAUUUCAGUGUGAAUAGGCAAGUUUCUGUGUCAUGUGCAGAAGGGUAUACCUUUGAGGGAGUUAACAUAUCAGUAUGUCAGCUUGAUGGAACCUGGGAGCCACCAUUUUCUGAUGAAUCUUGCAGUCCAGUUUCUUGUGGGAAACCUGAAAGUCCAGAACAUGGAUUUGUGAUUGGCAGUAAAUACACCUUUGAAAGCACAAUUAUUUAUCAGUGUGAGCCUGGCUAUGAACUAGAGGGGAACAGGGAACGUGUCUGCCAGGAGAACAGACAGUGGAGUGGAGGGGUGGCAAUAUGCAAAGAGACCAGGUGUGAAGCUCCACUUGAAUUUCUCAAUGGGAAAGCUGACAUUGAAAACACGACGACUGGACCGAACGUGGUAUAUUCCUGCAACAGAGGCUACAGUCUUGAAGGGCUAUCUGAGGCACACUGCACAGAAAAUGGAACCUGGAGCCACCCAGUCCCUCUCUGCAAACCAAAUCCAUGCCCUGUUCCUUUUGUGAUUCCUGAGAAUGCUCUGCUGUCUGAAAAGGAGUUUUAUGUUGAUCAGAAUGUGUCCAUCAAAUGUAGGGAAGGCUUUCUGCUGCAGGGUCAAGGCAUCAUCACCUGCAACCCUGACGAGACGUGGACACAGACAAGCGCCAAAUGUGAAAAAAUCUCGUGUGGUCCACCAGCUCACGUAGAAAAUGCAAUUGCUCGAGGCGUACAUUAUCAAUACGGAGACAUGAUCACCUACUCAUGUUACAGUGGAUACAUGUUGGAGGGUUCCCUAAGGAGUGUUUGUUUAGAAAAUGGAACAUGGACAUCACCUCCUAUUUGCAGAGCCGUCUGUCGAUUCCCAUGUCAGAAUGGGGGCAUCUGCCAACGCCCAAAUGCUUGUUCCUGUCCAGAGGGCUGGAUGGGGCGCCUCUGUGAAGAACCAAUCUGCAUUCUUCCCUGUCUGAACGGAGGUCGCUGUGUGGCCCCUUACCAGUGUGACUGCCCGCCUGGCUGGACGGGGUCUCGCUGUCAUAUAGCUGUUUGCCAGUCUCCCUGCUUAAAUGGUGGAAAAUGUGUAAGACCAAACCGAUGUCAUUGUCUUUCUUCUUGGACGGAACAUAACUGUUCCAGGAAAAGGAGGACUGGGUUUUAACCACUGCACGACCAGCUGGCUCUCCCAAAAGCAGGAUCAUCUCUCCUUGGUAGUUCCUGGGCAUCCUGGAACUUAUGCAAAGAAAGUCCAACAUGGUGCUGGGUCUUGUUUAGUAAACUUGUUACUUGGGGUUACUUUUUUAAUUUUGUGAUAUAUUUUGUUAUUCCUUGUGACAUACUUUCUUACAUGUUUUCCAUUUUUAAAUAUGCCUGUAUUUUCUAUAUAAAAAUUAUAUUAAAGAGAUGCUGCUCUACCCUCACAAAAUGUA